CUACGCAGUCUCGAAGGAGGACGUGAAAGGUGUAAAAGAGUUGUUGCCGUUUAUGAAAGAGACAGAUUUGAAAAUACUAGGCGAUGCUCUUUCUACGGCUAUAAAGAAAGUGCGCGACUCAGAUGUGAUGAUUGAAAUUACUAAGUGCAUAGUUGAGAAGAACGAGAAACUACUCCUUCGCCAUGACCCCAUCCGCGGAGUUCCACUUUGGUUGGCUCUGCAUGGCAACAAACCAAAAAUGGAUCACUAUCUUAAGUCGGUUACUCCACUUGAAAAGCUAAAUAGGAGGGACGGCGCUGAGCUUAUUUCUACGGGUUUGAGAGUAAAUCGUUUCGAUAUUUCGUUGGAAUUACUACAGCGAAAUCCAAGAUUGGGCAUUGCUAGAGACAGCUCCGGUGAAUCCCCUUUAUAUCAAUUGGCUAGUACGCGUGAUAGAUUAUUCUUGGAUAAGCUCAGAAUAUGGGAACGAUGGAUUUAA